CGGCCAUUUUUUUCAAAUCUUUUGGUAGUUACUCCGUCCUAUCCUUAUUUAAACUACCCUAUCUCGUGUUUUUGGCCAAGAAUAUACAUUGAAAACACUUCAAAAACAUAUCCUUUGAAUAUCCAAAGAGAUUCUACUUAAUCCCCCCCUCUAGAGGUGUGUAAGUUGUUUAACAAUUGGUAUCAGGGCAAGGGUUUUUCAAAGCUUUACCGCUGAAAAUUUAAAAAGAUCAUGGCCGGAAGAACAUUUCCACCCGGAGUUGCCGAAGGACAAUCCACGACAAGGCCACCACUCUUCGACGGCUCAAAUUAUGCUUAUUGGAAAGAGAGGAUGAGAAUAUUCAUCCAAUCAAAUGAUUAUGAUUCUUGGCUAGUGAUCAAGCAUGGAGAGACGGUUCCCACGAAGAUUGUUGACGGGGUUCUUGUUCCAAAGUUAGAGACCGAAUAUACCUCAAAUAACAAGAAGAAAAUGCAACUAAAUGCAAGGGCCAUCAACUUUCUAUAUUGUGCCGUGAACCCGGAUGACCAUCGGAAAAUUUCAAGGUGCAAGACGGCCAAUGAGAUGUGGAACAAAUUAGAGGUCACAUAUGAAGGAACAAGUCAAGUGAAGGACUCAAAGAUCGACUUACUCACCCAUGAGUAUGAGCUUUUCAUGAUGAUGGAAAAUGAAAUAAUAGAUGGCAUGUUCGAGAGAUUUUCAACUAUCGUCUCAAAUUUGGAAACACUUGGGAAGCAUUAUGAGAAUCAUGUUCUCGUUCGAAAAAUCCUUCGAAGUCUCACACCGGAGUGGAAGUCUACGGUCAAUCCUAUCAAAGAAGGCCAAGAUUACAAUACAUUGACAUAUGACGCACUUCGAGGUAAACUACUCACUUAUGAAAUGUCUAACUUUUCUAGUGCAGCGGAGAUCAAAAGGGAUCAAAAUCUAUCAUUCAAAGGAGUUGCACCCAAAGCUUCAUCGUCAAAAUAUGUCGAGACAAGCGGCUCUGGAGAAAGUGACAUUCUCGAGUUAUUUAAUGACUUCUUGCAAAAUGAGCUUGAGCAAUUGAAUGAGAGUACAAAGCCUACUUGCUAUGGAUGUGGAGAGCGUGGACAUAUCAAGGGUCAUUGCCCUAAUCGAAAAUUCAAGAAGUCCAAAUGCCGAAAGCAAUCCAACUCUAGCUCUUCUUCCUCAUCCGAUGAUGAAGUAGCCAUUUGUCUUAUGGCUCAAAGUGAAUCCGAAGAGAAAGAGAUUGAAUCAUUGGAUAAUAUUACUGAUGUGCCAUCAUUUCAAUCAUCUGAGACGACUGAAAGUAAUGUGCAAUCUAAUGAGGCAACUGAAAAUUCAAAUGACAUAAUUGACUUGUGCGGAAUGACAAAAGAAGAGUACUUGGCAGCUUUGAAAGCCAACGAAAGGGCCUGAUAUUUGGGUGCAUUUUACCAGAAAGUUUGUGUCUGGCUGUGUUGGUGGCUGUGAUGAUACUAUCAGGCAGCUACUGGAAAUUUA